CACACACACCCCCGGCACGGCGCAGCGGGCGCCAUGCAGUGACGUCACGGGUAAUGGCGGCGCCCGCGGGGAGAGCACGCGGCGGGUACCGGCACUAACGUUUCUUUUUAGGUAAAAAUGAAGGCCAAAAAAGGAAGGAGAUUUACAUCUUCCGUUAAACUGAAAAGAAAGGGUAUUGAAGUGAUAGGGAAAUGGAGAACUGUAGAAAUCGACCCCAAUCUCUUUGCUGAUGAACAGUUUCGAGAUAUAGUAUGCCUGGAGGAACUUACGGAGUACAAGCUAGUAAAUUCUAACAAAGUGGGAAAAGUAAAUGAGCAGAAAAGAAAGGCUCAGAGUCUUUCAGAAGGGAGCGGGGAGGAGGAAGAACCUGUUGUCCCUCCCAAAAAGAAAAAGAAAAGCAAAGAUUUGAAAACCAGAACAGAUAAAAGUGAUGAUACUAACACCACAGAAGUUGAUGUGCCAGUUGAUGAAGAGACAAGAUGUGAAGAAAUAAUCGAAGGCGCAAAUUGUGAGGACAACGGGCAUAUAGCUGAGAGCACUUCGAGCACAAAAAGUGCUGUGAAGAAAAAGAAAAAGAAGGUAGAUAAAAAUAAGACCUCUCAAGAUCAGGAAGCUCUUCCAUCAGUAACCACUUCUAAAAAACUCAAAAAUUGGUCAACAGAGGUUUUAUCUGCCUCAACUGAUCACAAAGCUGAUGUGUCUGCGUGGAAAGACCUGUUUGUACCUAAACCAGUAUUGAAGGCCUUGAGUUACUUGGGGUUUAGUGCUCCAACGCCUAUUCAGGCAUUAGCCUUGCCUUCUGCAAUCCGGGAUAAUAUGGAUGUGCUUGGUGCUGCAGAAACAGGAAGUGGCAAAACGCUUGCAUUUGCAAUUCCUAUGAUUCACUCUGUGCUGGAAUGGCAAAAAUCAAACAGCUCAAUGAGCAGAAAUGACAGCAUUUCUGAAGAAUCCCAUCAGCAUCAUGAUGAAACAAGAUGGGAAAAUGAGGAUGAAGCAGAAAAACUAACCCAUCAGCAGGUCGAAGAUAGCGGAGAUGAAGAUGAUGCAUCGUUUGCAACAGGCUGUGUGAAGGUGCUGGAAAAUGCUGAAUUUGGUUCUAGUGACAAGGGACAUACUGUUGGCGUCCAUAAAAAGAGACCUCUUCUAGGACUGGUCCUUACUCCCACAAGAGAAUUAGCUGUGCAAGUAAAACACCACAUUGAUGCAGUCACAAAGUUUACAGGCAUUAAGACUGCAAUUCUAGUUGGAGGCAUGGCCGCACAGAAGCAAGAACGUGUACUGAAUCGAAAGCCAGAAAUCGUAAUUGCAACCCCAGGCCGUCUGUGGGAACUAGUGAAAGCAAAACACCCACAUCUCUCCAAUCUUCGGCAGCUCAGGUGCCUUGUGAUUGAUGAAGCAGACCGAAUGGUUGAAAGAGGUCAUUUUUUAGAGCUGUCUCAGUUGCUGGAACUCUUAAAUGAUUCACAGUAUAACCCUAAACGACAGACUUUUGUUUUUUCUGCCACCCUGACAUUAGUCCAUCAGACUCCCACAAGAGUUUUACAGAAAAAGAAUGCUAAGAAGAUGGACAAGAAGACCAAACUAGAAAUGUUAAUGGAAAAAGUAGGAAUAAAGGGCAAACCAAAAGUGAUAGACUUAACAAGGAAAGAGGCUACUGUUGAAACUCUGACAGAGACCAGAAUCCACUGUGAUACAAACGAGAAGGACUAUUAUCUCUAUUACUUCCUUCUUCAGUAUCCAGGAAGAACCAUGGUCUUUGCAAACAGCAUAGACUGUAUAAAGCGCCUCAGUUCUCUCCUCUCGAUCUUAAAUUGUGAUCCGCUUCCUUUGCACGCCAAUAUGCACCAGAAGCAAAGGUUAAAAAACCUGGAAAGGUUUGCUGAGCGAGAGAGCUGUGUCCUCCUGACAACAGAUGUUGCAGCUCGUGGUCUUGAUAUUCCCAACGUGCAGCAUGUCAUCCACUACCAGGUCCCUCGCACUUCUGAGUUGUAUGUACACAGAAGCGGCAGAACAGCCCGAGCUGCCAAUGAAGGCCUUAGCUUAUUGUUGAUUGGCCCUGAUGACUUGAUCAAUUUUAGGAAGAUUUAUAAAACCUUGGAGAAGAGUGAAGAGCUGCCAUUUUUCCCGGUUGAAACCAAGUAUAUGACUUCUAUCAAGGAGCGGAUGAAUUUGGCACGGCAGAUUGAGAAGGCAGAAUUUUUCAAUAGUCGAGCAAAGCAACACGAUUCUUGGCUCCAGCAAGCUGCGGAGGCUCUCGAAGUUGAUAUCGACGAUGACCUCUUUAUGGGAAGAAAAGCUAGUGAGCAAGAAGAAAGCCAGAAGCAAAAGAUGCUGAAGGGAAUGAAGAAACAACUGAAACAUAUGCUUUCCCAGCCACUGUUCAAAGUCUUUAUGAAAACCAAGUACCCAACACAGUCUGGAAAACUACUCCUGCCUCAGUCCUCAACAGGCAAUUCAGAAUCUGCUCUGGGUACCGUGUCAAAACAACAAGCCAAGAAGAAUAAAUCAAAAAAAAUUAAAUCAGAUAACUAAGCAAGAUCUCUUGCUGUGAUGGAAUCAUGGACUAGCCUUAUCAAGGCUGACAGUUCUUAUGCAGGAGCUCAGCUAGAAAACACGUAGUAUCAAGGGGUGAUUGCUGUGUCUUGGUUGUGCAGGCACACAGCAAAAUGUUGAUCUGAAUCUGGGCACUGUUAACAUGUGAUUAGUUACUCUUGAAUCCUGUCUUCAAUCUUAUUUUCUGAUAUCCGUUUCCUUACUGUCUAUAUUAAUAGAAUUUAAUUAGUUUUAAGAUAGUUCUGUUCGUUUCUUCUUUUUAUAAGGUAGGUGGAAGUACUGGGUAAAACUCACUGUGGACAUACUCUAAUGUAACUUCAUUUGAAUUUUAAUGUUAUUAACGGGGAAGGUAGGCUUUAUGCAGGGGACAAUCUGAGCUGGUGGUAAUGGCAGAUUUGGCUUUUACUGCAGUUAGUUCAGUGAGAAAGGCAGUAAAUACAGGUAGUGUUACCAGGAAGGCUAGAAUUGUAGUUAUGGGAAUCUCUCCCAGUUUCCUUUCCCCUGUAAUACUAUUUCUCAGUUCUGUUAUCCACUGUGUCUAAUUCCAUUACUCCUUUGUUAAUAUGUUUAAGAAUGUUGGAAAAAAAGUCAAGGUGGCAAUAGUCCAGGACUGACCUUGGGAGAUAUGCAAUCCAGGCAGACUUUUCAGGAAUGAGUGUUGCUAUUCACCAUGUUACUAAUUAGUAUCUGGAGUUGAGUCUGUGUUUGAAAACAUGUUUGAAUCAUGACCUUUGUUCUGUUGGAAAAGAUGAUGAUGUGAAAUGUCACUUAUGAAGAGUGUUUCCUGAUGAUUGUACUUCUGAAUCAUUUUAGCCUGACCUGGGCAAAUACUUCUUAAAAAUGUUUUUUAAACUAUGUCAGAAAAAUGUAUUUUGAAUUCUUGUUAAAUUAUAUUUGGUAUAAAAC